GUUCUUUCAUAUUACGUACCAACUUACAACGCGUGGAUCCGCCACCAUGUUUUCUCAGCUACAGAAUUUCUUUAAAUCUUUGGUUUCUGGCGUCAAGAACAAAUCUACUACACAUACCAGUACCACGGAUGGAGUACAAGUAGAUCCCGAUAACAACGAUUCCCCUCGGACUUUGGCAUCAGCCCUUCCUGUCCAAGUUCAAAAACCAAGCCAGUCUUUCGAAAUUGCUACUACUGCUGCUACUGACGGUGACAGCAAAAGAGGAAUAAAGCGUACGCGAACAAGGCUGUACGAAAGCAUAAAGUCAGAAGAGAGUGAAAGGGAUGGUGAAAACGCCUCUGCUGGACAAUCAAUCGCUAGUCGGCUACGAAGUCGUCGUAAGUUUGACAAUAAUGCAGAUGUAAAACAAGAACAAGCAACGCGAUCAAGUGAAGCAUACGUUAAAGAAGAAAGCCAAGGAGAAGAAGGACUCCCAGAUACCGACACAACGCGAUCAAGUGAAGCAUACGUUAAAGAAGAAAGCCAAGGAGAAGAAGGACUCCCAGAUACCGACACAACGCGUUACUAUUGUCCGUACAAGUCUUGCACUUCUUCAUCCAUAA